UUUCGCUCGCUCGCUCUUAGUUUAUCUUCUAUUUAUUUAUGUAUCAAAUUAUUUUAAGUAGGUACCUACCUAUAUAAUGUGUGUCAUAUUAAUAAUGUGUAAAUAAUAUAUAUAUAAAUAUUAUAUAAACUUGGUAGUUAUGUUCAAAAUAUGAAUGGUGCUAAACCUGGUCAUUCGAAAGAAGACGAGUUCCAAGAUGAAAUAUUUGACAAUUCUUCAUUUUUGGCCAAAUUUGAGAACACUUCCAUCAAAGAAAAGAGCCAAUUUUUUGAAAGUAAUAUAAAUGACUAUCACAACACCAGCGGCCUUAACGUGAGUGCAUUGUGCUGUGAUGAAGAGCUUAGUGGCUAUGAUAAAUUGACGGGGAAGACAUGGAUUUACCCCACAAACUACCCCGUCAGGGACUACCAGUUCAACAUCAUAAAGGCAGCAUUGCUGAAGAAUACACUUGUAAGUCUCCCCACAGGCUUGGGAAAGACAUUCAUAGCAGCUGUAAUAAUGUACAACUUCUACCGCUGGUACCCUCUCGGCAAGAUCGUGUUCACAGCACCCACGCGCCCACUGGUGGCACAACAGAUUGAUGCAUGCUACAAUAUCAUAGCCAUUCCGCCUAAUGACACUAUUGAAAUGACAGGACACAUGCAAGUGAACACCAGAAAAGCCCAUUGGCAAAGCAAGCGAGUAUUCUUUGCUACCCCGCAGGUCAUCUACAAUGACAUUAUGUCUGGUAUCUGUCCCGGUGACAAGAUCCGGUGUUUGGUGAUAGAUGAAGCUCACCGCGCGAGGGGGAACUAUGCGUACUGUCAGAUUGUAGGCAGUCUAACUGAUAAGGGGCAUAAGCUGUUUAGGAUACUGGCUUUGUCGGCUACGCCUGGCAGUAAGGUUGAAGAUGUUGUCAAUGUAGUGAAGAACCUCCACAUAGCCCACCUAGAACUACGGACGGAGAACUGUAUAGACGUCGCGCCCUACAGCCACGCGCGGAAGAUCAACACUGUCAUCAUACAACUGGGACCACAACUCACUCAGUUGAGACAGCAGUAUAUUGAGAUUUUAGACGGAUACGCUCGCAGACUCAAACAAUUCAACAUACUGCCACAGAAUCUGGGGAACCUUUCCAAAGGUCGUGUUGUGAUGAUGUACAAAGAAUUCCAGACCAAAGAUCGUAGCGCUAGGCAUCCCCAACACAAUUUCAUAAUGAAAGACUUCAUGAUCCUCAUAGCUCUCUACCAUGGACUAGAACUCCUAAUAAAGCAUGGGUCCCGGGUAUUUCUGAACUUCUUCGACGAACACCCGGAGAAAUCCUGGAUGCAGUCGGAUGAUCAGCUCACAGCCUUGUUGGAGAGGUUGAGGGAUGAUCUUGGGAUCAAUCCGCUGUCACUGAAUAGAAGUAUAUUGCCGGACGGGACUAUACCUGAGUUGCCCAAAAAUUUAUGCUUCGGCCACCCAAAGUUCGACAAGUUGAAGGAAAUCAUGAUGGAUCAUUUUAUGAAAUGCAAAAAAAAUAAUCAAGAUACGCGAGCUAUUGUAUUCUGCGAAUACCGGGAGAGUGUGAAUCUGGUCCACUGUUUGCUGUUACAAUGUCGGCCGCUCAUUACUCCGAUGAUGUUCGUCGGCCAGGGUGCUUCGGGUAAGGACGGUAAAACAGUGAUAUCCCAGAAACAACAGCUGCGCGUGAUGCGCAGCUUCCGCGAGGGGGCGUGCAACGCGCUGGUGGCCACCUGCGUCGCCGAGGAGGGGCUGGACGUGGGCGCCGUCGACCUCAUCCUCUGCUUCGACGUCUCCUCCAGGUCCCCCGUGCGCCUCGUGCAGAGAUGUGGCCGUACGGGUCGAGAGCGAGGAGGCCAAGUUCACAUCUUGGUGACUGAAGGGAGGGAACAUCAGACAUUAUUAGACUGCAUGCGGCAAAGAGACGGUUUGAACAAAAAAGUGCUCCAAUCCCGCGAAGUGGAGUCCAACCUGUACAGAGCCAACCCCCGCAUGGUGCCUCACGAGCUCGAGCCCGUCUGCCAGAAGAUGUACAUCACUGUUGCUAAGAAACACGACGCCAAAGACAAGAAGGACGUCAUAGACAAGACUAAAAAGGGUCAAAAAGAUCUUCGGACGAUGCUGCUUGGGCGUGCCUCGUCUAACUCCAGUGGUUCCAGCAAGGAGUUUGACCUGGGACAUUUGAUAACUGAAGAGGAGUUCAAUGACAUGUUUCCAGAUGGAUUUCGGACUAUAUGUAGACUUCCAGCAGCUAAGGAAUACUGGGCGAUGAGCAGAGAUCAGUUGACCUCGCUUAACAUGGAUUGCACCGAAGAACUGCAACUCCACACGUGGCUGGAGUGGCAGAGGAGUUUGCAGAAGACAAUCAACGUUGGACAUUCCUGUGAUAGCGAGGCGCUAGCCGCACUGCUUCAGUACAGUGACGCCAAGAGAUUCAAUAUGCCGCCGUCGACACAAAAUCCUGUUUUUGAUACCCAAGUAGUCGCUACGCAAAAUAUUGCCAUACCGCUCACACCUAAACUAGUGCCCUCUCCAGCAAAAUUAAAACAAUCUAAAAAGAGAACAAAAGCACUGCCCGCGAAAUCGCCAGGGAAAAAUUACGGCGAUAUUAGAGCGCUUUUUAGCACCGGCACAAAAUCUACUAAAAGUUACACCAAGCUAAUCAACGAUUUAGGCAUUCAAAAUACAGAAGGACUUUCGACAAAUUUGAUUAGUUUACUGGUGGACUUGAGUCUAGAUAAUUCGAACGCAACAAGAAGUUGCUAUAUUUGCAAAAAUAUAGGCGAUUGUUCUUUCAUAUCGAACAUCAGAAAAGAAAGAAAGAAGUCAUUAUUAUCAAUGCGCUUUUUAUUAGCACCCAAAUUACCCAACCCUGAUUUAUUGGAUGACUUGAAUGCAGAAAUGUUGUUGAACUAUGGAAAAAGCAAUGAAACUUUAAAUAAUCAAAAUUUGGAUAAAAGCUUAAUCUUAGACAAAAACCUGAGUGGAAACUUUGACUUAGAGUUUGAUUUUGGUUCACCUGAAUUUGGUAGUCUAAAUAAUGAGAAAACUCCUGUUAAAAAUGAUACCAGUAGUACAAAUCUUAGUGUGAAUAAAAGUAGAAGUAACUUUGAAUUGGAAUUAGAAUUCCAUUCGCCCUCACCGGAACCAAAAGUUGACGCUAAAAAUACUGACGCAGAAACUAACUUUGAAAUCGGAGAUAUUGAAGACAUCUUUGCUGAAAGUAGCCCAGAAGAAAACAUAAAAAAAGAAAUAGUUAAAAUUAACGACGAUAACAAUCCGAAAGGAGAAACAUUAGGCUUCUUUGGUCUAGACAGUAUUGACGACAUAUUUGCUGAUGACGAUAGUUUUGAUAAACCACCUGAGUCAAAGAUAAAUGACAAUAAAAUACUGGAAACUAAUAAUAAUAAUGAUAUUCUAAAUAUAGAAAAUCCAGCUAGUCCGUCUAUUUUAUCAGGGAGAGUAAAGACUGUUCCCACUUCGCCAAUACUUUGCAGCCAAUCAGUUUCAAAAUUUAAAAAUUCAAGCUUUAAGAAAAAUGUUCAUCAAAGCACGCCCAUAAGUGAUGUAAAAAAUAAAGAUAAAUUUAGCAUUUUACAGAAAAGUUUAGCUGAUACAAGUAAUAAUAAAAGCAUGUUUACCAUCACACAACUUGUUGACAUGAUCAAUAAAACUGAUAAUGCUAAUUCAGUAUUGCAUAAUUCAUGUGUAACAAAUAAUGAAAGUAAUAUUGAAUUUGACAAUGAUGAGAGAAGCAACUCUCCAAUUAUUUUAACACAAGCUGAUAUUAAAAAGAAAUCAUUGAAUGUUUCAUUCGGAAAUAAAUCGAGUAAUGUACCAUUACAAAAAGGUGGAAGUCUUAUAAUUCUAGACAGCGAUAGUGACUCUUCAAAUGACACACAAAUAUAUGACUACGAUUUAGAUAAAAGUAAAAUAGAAAAUUCUCUAAAUGACAAACAUAAUCAAUCAAAAUUCGAAUGCGACUUGACUAGACUAGGAAAUUCACAAAAUAAUAGAAGCAAGAAAAUUAUCUUUGAGAAUGAUUUAAAUAAAAGUGUACAAGAAAUUUCACAAAAUAAUGGUAGCGAUAAUAAUGCAAAAUUAAUACAAAGUCCAGCAUUACCAAUCAAGAGGAAGCUAGAUUUCGAAGAUGAUGAUAUAACAUCAUCUCCAUAUUUCAGUAAAAAACAAAAACUCAACAAUAGAGGCACAAAGUCGUUGAGUUUGAAAGAAAAAGUAUUAGCAGCGUUAUCUAGUAACAAAAUCUUUCCAAAUUCGCCGAAGAAAAACAACCCUGACGUUAAAUUUUUGACAUCACCAGUGAAACUUUUCCAAAAAGAGAAUAAGAUACCUUUUGAUGACAUGAUCGAUAAAGAUUUUGAUAUUGAUGAUAAGAAAGAAUAUGUAAGAAAAAGUAACUUAGAGAUGUUACAGAUGUUUAAAAAAGACAGUAAAGUGAAGAGUCCGAAAAGCAAAAUGGACGUGGUUUUGAAAAACGCGCCGCGUCAAAAGCGAAAGCUCUCUUUUGACAGCGACGAUGAUUUUGUUUCCGAUGACAACAGAAGUCCGCGGCCUGUGAACGGUGAAGUUAAAAAAAAAUCGCUGACUAACCACAAAGUAAGAAAAAAGAAGAAGACGAACCAGUACAUCGAGUUGGAAGCGGAGUUGUCGGGGUCGGAGGUCAGCGGCGACGAGCUCAGCGACGACAGCGCCGGCAGCCUCGCCGCCUUCAUCUGCGACGACGGCGACGACGCGGCGCACGCCGAUAUACACGCGCACUACCUACACUCUGUUAAGAGCCCAGUAAAUUAUGGUGUGUUUAAAAUACCCCAACUACCUCAGAAGUACAAUAAAGCAGAAGUAUUCUCACAAUUUGUUGAAGACGAUACUUAUGAAAUGGAUAGCUUUUGCGUUGAUUCGCACAUAGGGUUAACACAAGUCAACGACGACGGAGAAAUGUCAGAUUUGGAACUUGCAGAAAUGGUUCUGGAAGCGGAACGGAAAGCUAAGAAAUCUCAAAAAACUGAAGAUAACGGUGACAGUCCGUUGGUCAGAAGAAAAAAUAAAAUAGUGAGACAAAUACAUAGCGACUCUGAUGAUAGUAGCUAACAACCAGCUGGUCUGGGACGCCUGUGAUAUACUCAUUGCCACUAGGUAAAUAUGACAAAAUUGUAUUGUGAAUGAGCGCCGAGUUCAUAGUCCAGUAAAGAGUAAAUAUUUUUUAUCAUCACCAAGGAUUCUUGCUUGAUGUAAAUUGAACUAAGUACAUUCUGCUGUCUUAAGCAAGAGGGCGCAUCCAAAACUUUAUUAUUUUUCAAAAUGUUUACUGAUAACGAUCAGUAAAAAUGAUUUUUGUAAUGCUUAUUAGAAAUACUAGACUUAACUUACUAUACUAGAAAUAAUUAUAAGAAUAAUGUUAAUUUAUUGUCAAUUUAUGCCAAAUUGUAAAUGUAAUAUUUAACUAUUAAUAUUCGCUAAUCAUGUGAAAAUUAAACAAAAUGUUGAGUAUUUAAAAAUACACGUUUUGGUAAUAAAAUUUAAUUUUA